GGCAGCGCGUGCGGGUGUCCAGCAGGAGUGACGGAGCCGCGGCGGCCGUAGAAGGGAGGAGCAGAGUGACCGCUAAUAUGAUGGGGACGGACGAGAUGGCGCAGGACACUCUGCGGCUGCAGUUCAAGGCCAUGCAGGAGAUGCAGCAGAGAAGGCUACAGAAGCAGAUGGAGAAGCAGAGGGACAAGGAGCUGAGCCUCAAGACCAUCGUGGAGGACCAGAAGGAGCCCGUGGGGAUGUCUGCCGGCCUCAGCGUUCUCCAAGCCAGGGAGCAGAGUUCACUCAGCAGCUUCCAGCAGAGGGUGUUUGAAGACGAGAUUCAACAGCUUCGCGAUCAGCUCAGAGAAACAGCGGAUGAGAAUGGACGGCUGUAUAAGCUGCUGAAGGAACGGGACUUUGAAAUCAAGCACCUCAAAAAGAAAAUAGAGGAGGACAGAUUUGCUUUCACAGGGACGGCCGGUGUUGCUGGGGAUGUGAUCGCCACAAAAAUCGUGGAGCUGUCCAAGAGGAACAGGAUGCUGAUGGCCGAGUCCGAGGGUGCCAAGAGCAGAGUGAAGCAGCUGAACCAUCGCAUCCAGGAGCUGGAGCGGGAACUGCAGAUGGUUCCAGCCAAGGCGCCGGCAAAGGGUGGCAAGUCUCCGAAGGCGCAGCUGGGAGACAGGAUCUUGCCCGAGGCCCCCGUGAUCAAGGUCCUGCAGGACAGGCUGGCAGCGGCCAACCUGAAGAUGAGUGAACUCCGCAACCAGGUGCAGUCUGUGAAGCAGGAGCUCCGCAUGGCGCAGAAGGUUCUGGUCAGCGAGGUUGGGGAGGAUGUAAAUGUCCAGCAGCUCCUGUCCUCGCCAGGCACCUGGAGGGGCCGGGCACAGCAGAUCCUGGUUCUGCAGAGCAAGGUCCGAGAGCUGGAGAAGCAGCUGGGACAGACCCGGGGCCGGUCCGCGGGGACAGACAGUGAGGUGCUGUCGCUCUACCCCGACACCCGGAAGCUGUCGGCGCAGGAGAAAAACCUGCUGCGGAUCCGAGCACUGGAGAAGGAGAAACAGGAAGGCUGGGAGAAACUGGCCGGGGAGCGGGACGCCCUCCAGAGAGAGCUGGAGGAGACGAGGAGGAAGCUCGAGGCCGUGAAGUCCCGCAACAAGGUGCUGGCCGGAGAGGUGAAGACGCUCAAGAGUCAGAUGGGGACCCUGGCGGAGAAGGGCAGGCACGACGACGAGCUCAUCGACGCCCUCAUGGACCAGCUGAAGCAGCUGCAGGAGAUCCUGGGCAGCCUGAGCCUGCAGGAGGAGAAGUCACGCGCGUCCCAGCAGCGCCUAGACCAGCAGCUCAACAGCGAGGCCCAGCGCAGCAGCAGCCUGGUGGCCCAGCUGCAGGCCAUGGUGGCCGAGCGGGAGGCCAAGGUGCGGCAGCUGGAGCUGGAGAUCGGGCAGCUCAGCACGCAGUAUCUGCGGAAUAAAGGAAUGGGGGAGGGGCCAGGUGGGCCCGAGGCCAACCCUGUCUACCCGAAGGGCGUGGAGGACCCCAGUUCGAACAAGCCCCCUGCCUCAGCGGGUGACCACGCCAGCCGACUGGGAUUCUCUCGCUCCGUGACCAGCCUGGGCCACAUGCUGGUGGAAUCUUCUCUCACGUGGCCUUCCCUGCCCAGUCCUCACAGGGCCUCGCCCAGGUUCUCCGACUCCCCUGAACAGAAAGGCUGGCAGGCACAGGUGACAGAGUUCAAGGCCCUCUGGCAGGCCACCGAGGUGGAGCGCGACCGGCUCACCGAGUUUGUCUCUGUCCUACAGAAACGGGUGGAGGAGAGCAACCACAAGCUGCUGGAGUCAGAGCGGCAGCGGCAGGAAGAGCGGCAGCGUUCCGUGGUUCUGGAGCAACACCUGGAGAAGAUGCGUCUGGAGCCUGUGCGGACGGCGGCGCCCCAGAGAGCCGCCUCCCGGAGCAGGACAGGUCAGCCCCCCGCCAGCAGCAGACGCGACUCGAGUGGGAGCGAGAGGAAGGAGCCCUCGCUGGCCCAGCUCUCCGGGGUGCCCCUGGAAUCCCAGCUGGAGGAGCUGACCGCCAGGCUGGCCAUCCAGGUGGAGGAGAACGAAAUGCUGAGGGCGGCCCUGGGCAGCGCCCUGCAGGGGAAGGAGGAGGACAUCCGGAUGUACCAUGAGACCCUGGGCCAGGUGAAAGGGGUCUUCCUGCAGGCCCUGCGACAGCAGAAGGUGGACAAGCGCUAGCCUGAGGCCGCGGCCCCCAGGACUUCGUCUGUGCCCCAGG